CACUCCAAAACCAGCCCAUUUAAAAAUUUUAAAUGCUAAUGGGUUCUCUGCAGCCCAAUUAGAAAAUCCUAGGGUUUUCCCCACCUCUUCCCCUAUAAAAGCAAGCCUCCACUUCUUUUUCUCUCAUCAGAAAUCUAGAAGCGAAGCCCUGCAGAGAAUCCCCGGAGACUGGAAGCCCUAGCCGUCGACUCCUUCUCUCUCUCCCGCGCCGUCUCUCUCCUCUUUCUCUCUCUUCGCCGCGUCUCUCUCCUCCUUCUCUCUCUUCGCCGCGUCUCUUCUCUCUCUCUCUCUCCUCGCCGCGUCUCUCUCUCCUCGCUGUGAGCAGCCGCGAGUGGUGGUGGUGGCCGCGUGGUGUCAUAGAUCUCAGAUCCCGUUUCUCUUACCUCCUAUUCUCAGAUCCAGAUCCAGAACUAGGCUAAGGUGAGGUGUUCUAUUCCAGAUCUUGUUCAUGAUCUUUUAUAUUGUUGAAUGAGGAAUUAGGAUGGUUUAGAUCCUGAUUGUUGUUAGGAUGAUAGAUCAUACUGCAUAAGAACGCUCAUACUGAUUAAGGACAGUAAAUGGAUUGUUUGUGGUAAUUGAAUGACGAAUGACUGAUUGGUCGAUGAUCUAUUCUUGUUUGUGGUUGAAAGCUAGGAUGCUUAGAAAAAAUUAAAAGUAGGUUAAUAGUAAACGUUAACCGGUUGAUUAGAUGAAUGGUAGGACAUCCGUGAGAUGGCUGUUUACUGAAUUGUGUGUGACACCGAGAACGGGUGGCGUCUAGAAAUGAAAGUAAAGAAAGAGUCUAAAGAAUAAGGAAAAGGAAAUGAUAAGAAAAAGGAAAGAAAAUGAUUGAUUAGAAAGUACCCGGAAAGGGUGGAAUAAAUGACCCAAGAAGGGUGGAAUAAAUGACCCAAGAAGGGUGGGAUAAAGUACCCGGGGAAGGGUGGAAAGAAAUGAAACGCGGCGGCCGUAGCGUUCAAAAACGGCGGAGAUGCGGGGCCAUAGCAUCCGAUAAAAAUGGCAGGGUAAGAAUAGAGGCGCCGGUAAGAUUGAGUCACGCCGAGUCUUGGCGGGAAGGGGUCGUAAUACACUGCAAAGGCGGUCCGAACCCGAGGAACUGGGCGGCGGGCCUACCAGGGCAGGCGACUUCACAGGAAGCAGCAAGAAAAGGGGAGGAAUGGUCCGCUUGAGCUGUGUAGGUCCUAAAGUCCUAGGAUGAUGGGAGGUCUUAAAUAAUAAACCGUAUUCUAUGAUUGAGUGAUGACUGAGUUCAUUACAGUGCUUGAUUGUGAAAUGAAACUUAUUAACUAGCUGUUAGGUUGCAUCGACUGAGUGUAGUGACUAGACGGUUCUCGUUUCGCAUUGAGCCGUAUAGAGGCUCAUGGGGGAGACUGGUCUAGAAUCGCCUCACUGAGUAUUAGUACUCACCCCUCUUUUCCCUCUCCCUUUUUGCAGAACUAUAAGUGGAAAUGUCAACGGUAAGGAAGGAAAUGCAACUGAAACUCAUGGGACCAGAAACGGGACACACGGAGAUGUCGGGAAAAUAGACAUGUGUGUCCUAAACCCCGUGCCCUGGAACCCCGGUCGGAAAUGGGAAGGGGCGGGUGUUUCAAUUGGUAUCAGAGCCAGGUUAAGGUCCCUGAAUACUAACUUAAGGGAUCAGCAUUUCUCACCGUUGCCCAUUUCCCUUAUGGUUCUGUUCGACCGUCAUAGCUAAUGUUGAAGGAGAAUUCGAACAGCUCAGAGUUUCCGGCCGAGAUCAGGUUAACAAAAAGUCUUCGUACUGCGGUGUAGUGGAGUUUCAGAGGUUCAGAAAUGGGUAACAAGGAAUUGUAAGGCAAGUAUACAGAGGGAUUAGUCGCCUAGCACGUCAAGUCAAAGGGGUAAUGGAAAGCCAGACAUUCGAGCUGGAGGGAAGCGUCUCGCGGACGACACCGCCCCGCACCGGGCCGGGGAGGUCAGGGAAGGAGGGACGGACGCAAGGCCGAGGCGGGCGCAACUUCACGGAGGGAUUAAACCCUGCAAAGAAAUGGACUUCUGACAUUCAGAUAUCACAGUGAAGCUUGUUCCCAGUAAAAAAAAAAAAAAAAAAAAAAAAAAAGGAAAUAUGGGCGCGGGUCCCACCAUCAGGGCGUGGGCCCGCCGACGAGGAAGGAGCAACCCGGGGUGGCCAAGGGACGGACGGACGAGUAGUGGGAGAAAACCGAUUUCAGAUUGUGAGAACCAAACUAAGGAUCUUCUUGGGGUAAAAAGGAUGAUGGAGGAUCAUCUUGGGGUAAAAAGGACGAUGGAGGAUCAUCUUGGGGUAAAAAGGGAUGAUGGAGAGUCAUCUUGGAGCAGAAUGCAAAAUGUUAAUAAGGAUAUGGGAUCUUCAUAGGGUAAAAAGGCUGACUGUAAAAAAAAAAAAGGGUCAUCUUGGGGCAAAAAGGGAUGAUAAGAACCACACUGGGAUUUUGUCUGUUAAAGCAGCUCUAGUUUGAGAAUUGAUUGAAAACUGCCAUCUAUGCAUGUCUACUAUUAGGUACUGAUCAGGUCUUUGUUUUUACGCUGCAGGAUGUCUUCACCAGUGCAUCACGAGCUCGGAGAAAGACGCAUGCGCUAUGGACCAAAAGGGACAAGGGCUUACGCCCGCAAGCCCUACCGUGACGCUUGGGGCGAUGUGGUACCUGCACUCUUCCCAGACGAGGAGGAAAUGGAGUUCGCGGAGCCGCCGAACGCCCCCAUUCAGGAGACGACCGUGAGUCGUCGGAUUUUGAUGCCCCAUUUCCAGCGGGCAGCCGAGUACAGGCGAUUGAACCAGGGUCAGGGUACUUUCCAGUUUGCACCUGAAGUUGACACGACGCCUCCCACAAGGGGCCGAGGGCGCCCCAGGAAGACGGGGCCGACCAGGGCAGGUCCGGGGCCGAUCAGGAUGGAGGACAGUGUACCAACGAGAAAACGUGGACGUCCAAGAAAGAUUCCGAGCAUUGAUGCAGGGAGUCUGAGGAGCAUAACCGGAAUGUGUCGGUGUGGAACAUUGACGCAGGCCAGGCAAGGACCGCGCUCGGUCCGGGAGUACACAGAGGAAUUCCUGGAGUCAGCCAAAAGAUGCAAGCCCAAGACAGCGGAGGAUUGGUGCCGGUGGUACAAGGCAGGACUCCGCGAGGAGAUUCAGGGCAGGCUGAUUGGUGUGUUGGAACCAUUGGAAUUCGCCUUGGUGAACCGGAUGGCCGGUCAGGCAAUGGAGGCUGAACGGACACUUACUCGUCGGGUCGUCGCUAUCUCGAGCUCUGAGGAAGACGUAGAGGUGGAAGAGGAUCCAUCGGAGGACUCAGACUGGGAAGAAGAGCCGGCGUCGCCGACGGGGAGUGGCCGUGUGGCUGGUCCUAAGCCGGACGGGGAGCAAAAGUCCCCAGUUCGAAGUGGCUAGCUGUGAUUCCAGAGUCAGCUAGUAGGAGUAGGACAUGGUUUUCUUCUUUGGUUUCAGCUUUUCUUUUCUUGUUAUAGGGGUAUUCGCGGAUUUUGGCGAUACCUUGAGACCUAUCUAUUUAUUGUAGUCCUACUCCAUUUCAUUUAUUAAAUUCAUUGUUGGUUUUAAAUGAUCUUGAGCCAGUAGGAUGUCAUUUCGUGCUUCCCUUGUUUGUGUUUGGAAACUCACCCCGGUUUUGGGAUGUUAAGUUCGAACUGAAGAUUUGGAAUUCGGGACGAAUUCCGAAUAAGAGGGGGAGAAUUGUAACACCCCAAAACCAGCCCAUUUAAAAAAUUUAAAUGCUAAUGGGUUCUCUGCAGCCCAAUUAGAAAAUCCUAGGGUUUUCCCCACCUCUUCCCCUAUAAAAGCAAGCCUCCACUUCUUUUUCUCUCAUCAGAAAUCUAGAAGCGAAGCCCUGCAGAGAAUCCCCGGAGACUGGAAGCCCUAGCCGUCGACUCCUUCUCUCUCUCCCGCGCCGUCUCUCUCCUCUUUCUCUCUCUUCGCCGCGUCUCUCUCCUCCUUCUCUCUCUUCGCCGCGUCUCUUCUCUCUCUCUCUCUCCUCGCCGCGCCUCCUUCUCUCUCUCUCCCGGCCGCGUCUCUCUCUCCUCGCUGUGAGCAGCCGCGAGUGGUGGUGGUGGCCGCGUGGUGUCAUAGAUCUCAGAUCCCGUUUCUCUUACCUCCUAUUCUCAGAUCCAGAUCCAGAACUAGGCUAAGAACUAUAAGUGGAAAUGUCAACGGUAAGGAAGGAAAUGCAACUGAAACUCAUGGGACCAGAAACGGGACACACGGAGAUGUCGGGAAAAUAGUCAUGUGUGUCCUAAACCCCGUGCCCUGGAACCCCGGUCGGAAAUGGGAAGGGGCGGGUGUUU